GGCCCCCACCCCUUCCCUCCUCCAUUUCCAUCCGGUCCGCGAUCGCGGCGGACCCCACAGCCAACGCGCGCCGUGAGUCACACUCCACAGCCAAUCCCUGGCCACAUCCGGGCUCGCCCCCGGCCCGCCCCAUUGUUCCCACAAGCCCGGAACCCACCAAAUCCCUCCCCUCCUCUCCCAAAAAAACACCCUUCAUCCAGUCUCUUCCAGCCUAGAGAUCACGGCCUAGGCCUCAGCCAAAGCGCGCACUGAGUGCAAACCCCAGAGUCAAUCCGUGUCCCAGCUACGCCCCCUGCGUCCGAAUCCCGCUCAGCCGGGCCCUCAAACCCAGGCGGGACUCGAGCCUGGGGAGGCGAGGUUCCCGCACCAGAUAGAAAAUGUCACUGAAAUUCACAAAUGCAAAACGGAUUGAAGGACUUGAUAGUAAUAUGUGGAUUGAAUUUACCAAAUUGGCUGCAGACCCUUCUGUUGUGAAUCUUGGCCAAGGCUUUCCAGAUAUAUCCCCUCCUACAUAUGUAAAAGAAGAAUUAUCAAAGAUUGCAGCAAUCGAUGGCCUGAAUCAGUAUACACGAGGCUUUGGCCAUCCAUCACUUGUGAAAGCUCUGUCCUACCUGUAUGAAAAGCUUUACCAAAAGCAAAUCGAUUCAAAUAAAGAAAUCCUUGUGACAGUAGGAGCAUAUGGAUCUCUUUUUAACACCAUUCAAGCAUUAAUUGAUGAGGGAGAUGAAGUCAUACUAAUAGUGCCUUUCUAUGACUGCUAUGAGCCCAUGGUGAGAAUGGCUGGAGCAACACCUGUUUUUAUUCCCCUGAGAUCUAAACCUGUUGAUGGAAAAAGAUGGUCUAGUUCUGACUGGACAUUAGAUCCUCAAGAACUGGAAAGUAAAUUUAAUUCCAAAACCAAAGCUAUUAUACUAAAUACUCCACAUAACCCACUUGGCAAGGUGUAUAACAAAGAGGAACUGCAAGUAAUUGCUGACCUUUGCAUCAAAUAUGACACACUUUGCAUCAGCGAUGAGGUUUAUGAAUGGCUUGUAUAUUCUGGAAAUAAGCACUUAAAAAUAGCUACUUUUCCAGGUAUGUGGGAGAGAACAAUAACAAUAGGAAGUGCUGGAAAGACUUUCAGUGUAACUGGCUGGAAGCUUGGCUGGUCCAUUGGUCCGAAUCAUUUGAUAAAACAUUUACAGACAGUUCAACAAAACACGAUUUAUACUUGUGCAACUCCUUUACAGGAAGCCUUGGCUCAAGCUUUCUGGAUUGACAUCAAGCGCAUGGAUGACCCAGAAUGUUACUUUAAUUCUUUGCCAAAAGAGUUAGAAGUAAAAAGAGAUCGGAUAGUACAUUUACUUGAAAGUGUUGGCCUAAAACCCAUAGUUCCUGACGGAGGAUACUUCAUCAUCGCUGAUGUGUCUUUGCUAGAUCCAGACCUCUCUGAUAUGAAGAAUAAUGAGCCUUAUGACUAUAAGUUUGUGAAAUGGAUGACUAAACAUAAGAAACUAUCAGCCAUCCCCGUUUCAGCAUUCUGUAACUCAGAGACUAAAUCACAGUUUGAGAAGUUUGUGCGAUUUUGCUUCAUUAAAAAAGACAGCACACUGGAUGCUGCUGAAGAAAUCAUCAAGGCAUGGAGUGUACAGAAGUCUUGAUAUGUGCAGAAUGGAUUAAUGUUUGUUAGAUGACCUAGUAUGGAAUUGUUACUUAGUGCUGCCACCUGCUGGAUGUUAAAAGAUAUUUCCGUACAACUGGAAUUUAAAUAUUUCCAUUAUUUUUCCAAAGCAGUUAACCCAACUCCUAACAAUAUUCAGGGGAUCUGACCUUUUUUUUCAGUUGAAAUGUAUUAACACAUCUUCCAUGAUCAUUUUUUAAGAGAGUCAGCAUAACAUAGUGGAUAAGAACUGUGAGAUGUUUAACCUCUCAGUAACUUGGUUCCUUCAUUAUAAAAUCGGAAUAAAAUCAGUACCUGUUUCAUAUGAAGGUCAUUUCUGAGAAUUAAAUGGACUAAUGUAUGCAAAAGCCUGGCAAACAAUAAACACUCAUCUGACUUUAGCCGGU